CCUCGCCAGUUCAGACCCACGGGGCUGCCCUCCCCUGCUCUCUCCCCUCGCUGCCCGGGCCCGGAGCGCAGAGCGGCCGCGCAGGUUUUUCUGCUGAGCUGUGCAAGGAACUUAACUAGCUGGAGAUUCACGAUGGUGAAAGCCCUUUUCCUAAUUAUGCUGACUCUGGCGUUGGUCAAGUCACAGGACACCGAAGAAACCAUCACGUACACGCAAUGCACAGAUGGAUAUGAGUGGGAUCCUGUAAGACAGCAGUGCAAAGAUAUUGAUGAAUGUGACAUUGUCCCAGACGCUUGCAAAGGUGGAAUGAAAUGCGUCAACCACUAUGGAGGAUACCUCUGCCUUCCUAAAACAGCUCAGAUUAUUGUCAACAAUGAACAACCACAGCAAGAAACACCAGCAGCUGAAGGUGCGGGUGCAGCUACAAAUGCAGCUGUGACCUCUAGUACAGGCACUGGGGGUGUAGCAGCCAGUGGCAUGGCAGCCAGUGGAGCGGUGCCUGGGGGUGGUUUUGUCGCCAGUGCUGCUGCUGAAGUGCAGACUGGCCGAAAUAACUUUGUCAUCCGGCGGAACCCAGCUGACCCUCAGCGCAUUCCCUCCAACCCUUCUCACCGGAUCCAGUGUGCAACAGGCUAUGAGCAGAGUGAGCAUAACGUGUGCCAAGACAUAGAUGAGUGCACUGCAGGGACGCACAACUGUAGAGCCGACCAAGUGUGCAUCAAUUUACGAGGUUCCUUCACCUGUCAGUGCCCUCCUGGGUAUCAGAAGCGAGGAGAGCAGUGUGUAGAUAUAGACGAAUGUACCAUCCCUCCAUAUUGCCACCAAAGAUGCGUGAACACGCCAGGAUCAUUUUAUUGCCAGUGCAGUCCUGGGUUUCAAUUGGCAGCAAACAACUAUACCUGCGUAGACAUAAAUGAAUGUGAUGCCAGCAAUCAAUGUGCUCAGCAAUGCUACAACAUUCUUGGUUCAUUCAUCUGUCAGUGCAAUCAAGGAUAUGAGCUAAGCAGUGACAGGCUCAAUUGUGAAGACAUUGAUGAAUGCAGAACCUCGAGCUACCUGUGUCAAUAUCAAUGUGUCAAUGAGCCUGGGAAAUUCUCUUGUAUGUGCCCCCAGGGAUACCAAGUGGUGAGAAGUAGAACAUGUCAGGAUAUAAAUGAGUGUGAGACCACAAAUGAAUGUCGGGAAGAUGAAAUGUGUUGGAAUUAUCAUGGCGGCUUCCGUUGUUACCCACGAAAUCCUUGUCAAGAUCCUUACGUUCUAACAUCAGAGAACCGAUGUGUUUGCCCAGUCUCAAAUGCGCUGUGCCGAGAACUUCCCCAAUCCAUAGUCCACAAAUACAUGAGCAUCCGAUCUGAUAGGUCUGUGCCAUCUGACAUCUUCCAGAUACAGGCCACAACCAUUUAUCCCAACACUAUCAAUACUUUUCGGAUUAAAUCUGGAAAUGAAAAUAGAGAGUUCUACCUAAGACAAACAAGUCCUGUAAGUGCAAUGCUUGUGCUGGUGAAGUCGCUAUCAGGACCAAGAGAAUAUAUAGUGGACCUGGAGAUGCUGACAGUCAACAGUAUGGGAACCUUCCGCACCAGCUCAGUGUUAAGACUGACAAUAAUAGUGGGACCAUUUUCAUUUUAGUCUUUUAAAAGAGUCCACUAUAGGCAUUUAAAUCAGCCAAAGAAUAUUGUUAUCUUAAAGCACUAUUUUAUUUAUAGACAUAUCUAGUACAUCUACAUCUAUAUACUGUACACUCACCAAUAAUUCAAACAAUUACACCAUGGUAUAAAGUGGGCAUUUAAUCUGUAAAGAUUCAAAGUUUGUCUUUAUUACUGUAUGUAAAUUAGACAUUAAUCCACUAAACUGGUCUUCUUCAAGAGAGCUAAGCAUACUCUUUUCGGUGAAACUUGGAUUCUUUUCUGUAAAAGUGGGACCAAGCAAUGAUUGUCUUCUGUGGUGCUUAAGGAAACUUACUAUAGCUCCACUGAUAGUCUCGUAAGGAGGCAGCCAUCAUAACAUUGAACAGCAUGCAAGUUCAAGAAUGAGUUUUUUAACUGCUUGUAAGAAAAUGGAAAAAGUCA